AUGCAGCCAGUAGAGAAUAUGGGACUAGAUGGUUUCAUUGAUGUGGACUUGCUCGCGUUACUGUCGAAUUUGAGAACUAUAAGCUUUAUAAAGAACAACUUUGAUGGCCCAUUGCCAGAUAUAAAGAAACUCAGUGCAUUAAGGUCUUUGUAUUUAUCAAACAACAAUUUUUCUGGGGAGAUUCCUUAUUAUGCUUUUUCGGGUAUGCUGCGGUUGAAGAGAGUGCAUUUGGCCAAUAAUCAGUUUGCUGGUAGUAUUCCUACAUCAUUGAUAACUUUGCCAAAGCUUUUGGAGUUAAGGCUUGAGGAUAACCAUUUUGAUGUGGUCUUCAUCAACCACAAGAGGCAACCAUCUUUAUUGACAAAGGCUCCAGUACAGCCAUCAAACUUGCAAAAGAAAUCAGGCAUAAAGGAAUCGAACGAAUCAGGGAAAGACUCAACAAACCGCAGUGGAAAUACCAAGAAGGUUGAGGGUGUGAAGCUGACCUUUGUCAGGGAAGAUAGGGAGAAGUUUGAUAUGCAGGAAUUGCUUAAAGCCUCAGCUGAGAUAUUGGGCAGUGGAUCCUUUGGGUCUUCUUACAAGGCUGCCUUGCACAAUGGACAGGUGAUGGUUGUGAAGCGGUUCAAACAAAUGAAUAAUUUGGGGAAAGAGGAGUUCCAAGAGCAUAUGAGCAAGCUAGGGAGGUUGAGAACCAUUAGUGUAUGGCUCGGCUCCUUCACUUGA